AUGGACGCCGCGCCGCCGCCAGUGCCGGAGAAGCCGCCGGCCCAGGACUGGUCGCUGCUGCCCCUCGACUUGCUCUCCGCGGUGUUCAUCAGGCUCGGCUUGGUCGAGGUCCUCAGGGGCGCAGGCAUCGUGUGCCGCUCGUGGCUCGACGCGGCGAAGGUGCCAGACCUGUGGCGUGUCGUGGACAUGGAAAAUCACAUUAUCUCGUUCGAGGACUUAGAUGUGUGGCGCGCGAGGGCGAAGGCGGCCGUCGACCGUUCCGAUGGACAGCUUCGGGUGUUCGCCGGGAGGCGGUUUGUCAACGCGGAGCUCAUGCAGUAUAUCGUGGAAAGGUCACCUUUACUGACAACCCUUCGUCUUGUAUCCUGCUCCUCCGGUGUCUUCAGUUACCGACUCGCUAGUCUUAUGAGAGAGUCACCUCUUAGGGAGCUCCGUUCCCUUAUACUUGAGAACGUUGAUAUCACCGUGAAAAAACUGACCUCUAUCCUUAAGAGGUGUCCUGCCUUGGAGGCUCUUACGGUCCGCGAUUGUUCAGGUAUGUACGUGGAAGAUGAGGAGACCCUGCGAGCGAAAUUCGCCCGGAUCAAGACCCUGACGUUCGAGUGUGAGGAUGAUGAUGGAAGCUGCUGCUGCGGUUGUGAUUUCUAGAGCCAGGAAGUCGACUUACCAUUAUUAUUUUUGAAGAUGAGAGGACAAAUUAAGCAUGACUUGAGUACUCCCGAU